AUGUAUGAGACGAGACGAAACGAACACGACAGUACCAUAGCUAAGGAUACCUUAUUUUCCUGGCACUAUAGGCAGUACUGCCUUAUAACGGGCUUGUAUAUGCUCGAACCGUGGGAACGACUACUGUUCAACUGUGCGAUAUUUGGAAUGGCCGAAAGUGCGAAGGUCGAAAUCUUAUUGAAAGCAGUUGGUGAUGCACCAAUACUCAAGCAAAACAAAUGGACGGUUGACGAAAGGAAGACAGUGGCGGAAUUAAGCAUUUUUUUGCGAAGUUAUAUGAAGCUUAAUGACAGCGAUUCCUUGUUGCUUUUCAUCAACCAGUGUUUUGCACCGUCACCGGAUCAAACAGUGCGGAAUUUAAAGGAAUGUUUCGCACCCGGUGAUUCAAAAUUAGUUAUCAAUUAUAGCAAGACACAAGCAUGGGGUUAAUUUCGCUGCAUAAUCAUUUUCUGCUUUCUACUUUAUCAUUUUCUUUUCUUCUUUUUUAAGGUAACUUGCAAAAUGAUUCUUGAAUAUUUAUCUAAAUUUUGCUUCAAAAUUGCUAUUGACAACGUAACUUCUUCACCCAUUUCUAUGGCUGUUUAUAUUUUUUCUUCUGCCCAAAAGAAAAUGUCAUUUUGUACUGUUUUUAAUAAGCACUUUUGAAAUUUGUGUGAAAUUUCCAACAUGCGAUCCUUAACCGAUUGAAACACUUUUAGCAUAUUUGAGCUAGUAGUUCUUUUGGAUUAUAUUUUCUAAAUUUAAGUGAAAAAGAAUUACAGUUUCGAAGUAUUUACGUUAUUACCGUGCUCGAUUUAUGCACCAUCUUUGAUAUGUUGAGGAUAUUUGGGUUACUUUGUUAUUUUCAUAAGCAAACAUUAUUUAUUAAUAGCCAUCUAUUCUGUUAUGAAAAUGUCAGUAACAUAAAGUUCCACCAAUAUUGAUAAAUAAUAAUAAACCUAAUUAUUACUGAUCAGUUGAAGGGAU